UCAACACAUUCCAUAUUCAUCCAUUAAUACACAAACAAACUCACUUGAUUUGAUGUCACCAUAAUCUUCAUGUACAAUUCAAUUUCAUAUUGUACACUCUUUCACUACCUAAAACACUUCAAUGAUUUCUGUUCCAUAUUAUUCACUAAACAACUUCCUUACAUCAAAAUCCACCAACCUAGGGUUUCCAAACUUCCCGUCACCGUCGCCGCUCAAUUUCCGCCGGAAUCUGACGUCAUCCUCGACGGAAUUAGCUCCGAUUAAAGCGAACGAAGCUUCGAGAAUGUCUUCCUUAAAAAUCAAUUCGGAUGAAUCUAGUGGUUUGAUUCAGCAUGAAGUGUCAGUGAAUGGAAGGAGAUCUGAGAAUAUUGUGUGGCAUAAGUGUUCAGUGGAGAAAAGUGAUAGGCAGGAGUUGCUGAAGCAGAAAGGUUGUGUGGUGUGGAUUACUGGACUCAGUGGUUCAGGUAAGAGCACACUUGCUUGUGCAUUAACACGCGGUUUGCAUUCUCGAGGGAAGCUAACGUACGUCCUUGAUGGUGAUAAUGUCAGGCAUGGUCUUAACAGUGAUCUUACGUUCCAACCAGAAGACCGUGUUGAGAAUAUAAGAAGAAUCGGAGAAGUUGCAAAGUUGUUCUCUGAUGCUGGAGUUAUCUGCAUUGCCAGUGUGAUAUCUCCCUACAGAAAAGAUCGCGAUGCUUAUCGAGCCAAACUUCCAGAGGGAGAUUUCAUUGAGGUUUUCAUGGAUAUGCCUUUAUGUGUUUGCGAGGCCAGGGAUCCAAAGGGUUUAUACAAGCUCGCGCGUGCUGGAAAGAUUAAAGGUUUUACUGGGGUCGAUGAUCCAUAUGAGCCGCCCCUAAACUCUGAGAUAGUAAUACAACAAGAAGGGGAUGUGUGUCCUCCACCUGAGGUUAUGGCUGAGAAAGUGAUAUCUUAUCUGGAUGCAAACGGGUAUUUCGAGGCAUGAUCUUUGAAGCACCCUCUCAUGUGUAUGUAUAUGCUGCCAACACGGACUCUUAAUAAACUGUUGUGUAUCGAGGAAAUUACUCGUUUCCUGGUUCCAAUCUUAGUUAACCAAUCGGUUAACUGCCGUUAGAUAUCAUACCUUCGCCCCGUUGGGAGGGGAGGUGAUUAAUUAUCAUUGAUUGUUGUGUAUGACUAGAUGGAAAAUAAGAAUUAUGUAGUAAAUUAUAUUUUUUGACUUUUUAUUGUGUUAUAAUAUAUUCUUGUAGAA